ACCCUGACCUGUUUCUCUUCCUGUCACUGAAACACGGAAAAGGACUAUGUGGCGCACAAACUGACUUGCUGCGCGCGUUUGCAUAGUUUGUUUCCAAACUCGUCCUGAUAUUGUUAUUUUUUUUUAUUUUAUAAACGCGGGUAAGCUGCUGAAGUCUUGAUAUAUCACACAGAACCGAGGCGAGCGUGUAUUUGUCCGUGUAUAUCCAUCAGCGCUUCGGUUUUUAAUAACGAAAGCGAUUAAGCGAGCCCGUGUAGAAAUGGCUGACAGCAUGGAUGAAGACAUGGCACAGGAGGAUCCUCUGCCUCUCCAGCAGGACCUGACCUGCUCCGUGUGUAAGAGCAUCUUCAGGGACCCUGUGCUGCUGCCGUGUAGCCACAGCUUCUGUCGGGAAUGUCUCCAGGGGAGCAUGAAGGUCAACAUGAAUUGUCCGCUGUGCCGGGCGGUGUUUGAAGAAGGGAACAUCAUCUGCAACCGUGCGCUCAGCGACGCAUGCGAAACCUUCCAGAAACAUUCAACCGUGCGGCCGAGCCAGAAACGAGCCGCCGAGGACAGCUGCAACCUGCACCUGAAACCUCUGGAGCUGUACUGCGAGAAAGACGAGGAGCCCGUGUGCGUGGACUGUGUCAGUCUACACAACAUGCACAGACUUUUUUCACUGAGGGAUGGCGCGUCGUCGUGUAAGAGGGAGCUGAGCUUCAAAGUCCAGAUUUUUGAAAAGAAAGUGGAGUCCUACAAGAAAAUGACACACAAACUCAGCAACGCUAAGGGAUACGUCAAGUAUCAAGCCGAACAGGCGGAGAGGCAGAUCAAGGCGGAGUUUGAGAGGCUCCACAAGGCGCUUGUCACAGAAGAAGCUCUGCGUCUGAAAGCUCUGGCUACUGAGGAGGAGCAGAAGAUCGCUGCCAUAGAGGAGCUGAUUGAGAACACGAACAAGGACGUUGUCACUCUGAAAGAGCUCAUUGACAGUCUGAAGAAAGAAAUGGGCAACGACGAUCUGCCCCUACUGCGGAAUUUCCAGAAUCUAAAAAGAAAAGCCCAGUGGCCCCGUGAUGACCCUUGCCUCCCUGACGACUCACUUUUGGAUAUGGGCGCACAUGUUGGUUCUUUGAGCUUCAAGAUCUGGAAGAACCUACAGGCCCAUGUCAAAUAUAGUCCUGUGGUGUUGAACCCGAACACAGCCUCUCCUUGGCUGUCCUUGAAUGCUGACCUGACCAACGUGAAGGAAAGCUCAGAGCGACUGACCACCCCUGACAACCCGGAGCGCUUUGAUCCCUGUGUCUUUAUCCUGGGUGCUGAAGGUUACAACUCGGGUAAACACAAGUGGGAUGUCAUUGUCGGUGACAACCCCAAGUGGAUCCUGGGUGUGUGCAAAGAGUCAGUGGCUCGUAAAAAGAAGUUUACGGUCUCUACAAGCCGUGGUGUGUUUUCCAUAGGACUGAGCAAAGGGGUGUACACCGCCUUAACACCUGAGCGUACCGAGCUACAGGUGCAGCAGCGUCCUGAGAGGAUCCGUAUCAAACUAAAUGUAGACAAGGGAGAAGUGUCAUUUUGGGAUGCGGGAAGCACAAAGCAUAUCGUCACUUUAACAAAUACGUUUGAUGAGAAGAUGUUUCCUAUUUUUGGCCCUGGGCUCCAUGCCACGCCAAUGACCCUGGCUCCGGGAAAAAUAGCUGUACACACCUCAUGAUGAGUCUGCAGAGAGUCGAUGUUUGUUGAUUUGAAAAUUAGAAUAAUCAUUUUCAAACAAAACACUUUUUAAAGCAUGAUACACUAAACAACACUUUAUCAGUCAACCAAAGAUGACUUCAACUUAACAUCAAAUAAUAGAUUAAAAAUCUAGACAAUCAGGAGACUUGACAAAAGUCAAGUUUCAAGAAAAGAUUAAAAUGUUGAAGCUGGCCUAAUGUGGCCAUUCAAUGACGACAGAUGGCUGCCCACCAUGAGCCAGGUUUGAUAGAGAUAUAGAAUACUUUAUUGAGGGAAAUGACUAGAAAAGCGACUACAGUAUGAAUAGAAAUAGAAUAAACUCUAAAAAAUGUACAAAAGAAAUAUAUACACAUGAACUCUUUGUGCAGUAACUUUGUGCAUUGCAGAGUGCAAGUUGUGUAUUCGUGUCCAUCAUUCAAGAUCAGAUAUUACAAAUUGAGUCUCGUCUCCCUGCACAGAGGAGAGUCUUGAAUUUUCUGCCUCUUACAAAGGAAGAUUUUCCUUUACCACUUUUAAUAAAACAUGCAUAAAUAUGCAUGUAGCCAGCUAAAGAGAGGCUGGGUGAAACGUGGUCUUAGGUUUAUGAAGGCUUUGCAGCUAUGAUGGAUAAGCCUGAGCUGAGAUUUUUAAAUAAUGCCAGCGUACAGGAAGUUGUAAAACGUGUGCUUAAAGACUUUUUUCUGGUCAGCAAAGGAUAAGGAAGACCAAUUUUAUUUUUCAGAUGUGCCUUAUGUAGGAGGAAACUGGAUUUAUCAGUUUUGAGAGUAUAAAAAUAACACUGAAAUAACUGCCAGCAUGCCUGAUGCUGGCGACCAAUCCUGAUAAAGUUUGAAGAAGUAAAUUUACUUGUCUCUCUUGAUAUAAAAUAUCGUUGCACCAGAGAAACAAAAGGUCAACAAAAGUGCAAAUUUAGCUAUUUAAGAUGCUCGCUUUACUAGCUUUUAAAUUUGUUAUGUUAAUCGGUAUUUAGUUAUGUUAGGAUAAAGGAUUAAAAAAAAUUAUUCAUUUACACUGCGCUUCAAUUAUUUUACCACUUUGAUAUGAUUUUGUUGAUUCUGCCCAGAUUUUUUUUUGUCUAAAACGUUCACUUCACUUCACAAAAUGUAUCCAGCACGUAGUCUUGGCAAUAUUCAAUGUAUCUUACUUCUACUGCUCUGAAUCUAUAACGGUGAUCUGUACACACAAAUCUAAUUAUGAUGUCUCCAUAUAGACACAUGCUCAAUAAAGUAUAUUGAAAUCAUAAA